AUGGCCGUAGUGGAUAGCUUUGACUUUUUAUAUUCGAAUUGCAAAGACGUCUUUGCCAGCACUCGAGACUGGUUGGCGAUUUUUGGAGUAUAUUACACAUGCAAGAAAACCCUGACAUUUACUUAUUCGCUGCUCAGCUCUCUCAAUUGCCAUGUACUUAGUAAAAUACAACAACAAGAUUUUCGAAGUCUUUACGGAAAAUGGGCAGUCGUGACUGGCAGUAGUGAAGGUAUUGGAAAGGCUUAUGCCCAUGAACUGGCUAAUCGUGGUAUGAACCUUAUUUUGAUCAGCAAAGGAGAACAACAGCUGAAAAAGACAGCAAAUACCAUUACUAGUCAGUUCGCGGUCAAUGUUAUUCCAAUUGUGGUAGAUUUCUCAGGUAGUAGUCAAAUUUAUGAUGAAAUUUGGUUAGCUAUCAAGGAUAAGGAAAUUGGAAUUUUAAUAAACAAUGUUGGUGUUAUGUAUGACUAUCCACAACUUUUCCUGGAGGUGCCAGAAGAAAGACUUUGGCAGCUUAUUAAUGUCAAUAUUAUGGCUACUACAAUGAUGACCCAUAUGAUUCUGCCACAAAUGGUUAAACGUGGUCGAGGUGCUAUUGUGAUGAUGUCAUCAGCCAGUUGUAUGAAAAUCACUCCACAAAUGACUGUCUAUGCAGGCACCAAGAAAUAUGUUGACUAUUUCGUUCAAGCCCUUAAGUAUGAAUACAAGAAUAGUGGUGUGGUCAUCCAGAGUUUGACACCACUUUAUGUAGCCACAAGGAUGACUCGAUACAGUGAGACUUUAUCAAAUCCAAACCUGCUGAUCCCUUCUGCUAGUGUCUAUGCACGCCAUGCUGUUGCCACUCUUGGUUAUUCUGCCAGGACCACAGGCUAUUUGCCACAUUCCAUUAUGUUGUGGUUGCUGACAAUGCUACCAGAUACUUUAUGGAUGUGGGGUGCCACUCAUCUUAACAAUGGACUAAGAAGACGGAGACGACUUGCUUCAAUGCAAAUGUAUUUCUUUCUUGUAGCAUCAAAUUUUUGCUACCUCACUUAUUUACUCAUUCCAUAUGUAAAAAUAAGACCGUGCAGCUCUUUUUUUCUCUUAUGCUCCUUUCUUUCGUUUUCUUCACUGCCGUAA